GACGGCGCUGCCAUGUACUUGGGCGAGGUGUGCCCGGCCGGCGGCGAGCGCUGGGAGCUGCAGCUCAAGGGCGCCGGCCCCACGCCCUUCUCCAGGCAGGCUGACGGCCGAAAGGUCCUGCGGUCGAGCAUCCGAGAGUUCCUGUGCAGUGAGGCCAUGUUCCACCUGGGCAUCCCCACCACGAGGGCCGGUGCCUGCAUCACGUCUGACUCCACAGUUGUGCGGGACGUCUUCUACGAUGGGAACCCGAAGCCUGAGAAGUGCGCGGUUGUCUUGCGCAUCGCUCCCACGUUCCUAAGGUUUGGAUCUUUUGAGAUCUUUAAGCCUGCGGACGCACUCACGGGGCGCGAGGGCCCCAGUGUCGGGAGGAACGAUAUCCGUGUGCAGAUGCUCGACUACGUGAUCAGCUCCUUCUACCCUGACAUCCACGCAGCCCACGCCGACGACCCCCUGGGAAGGAACACCGCCUUCUUCCGGGAGGUGACACGGCGCACAGCCCACCUGGUGGCCGAGUGGCAGUGUGUUGGCUUUUGUCACGGCGUGCUCAACACAGACAACAUGAGCAUCGUGGGGCUCACCAUUGACUAUGGGCCCUUCGGCUUCCUGGACAGGUAUGACCCUGACCACGUGUGUAACACCUCGGACACCGGGGGUCGAUAUGCAUUCAGCAAGCAGCCUGAGGUGUGCAAGUGGAACCUGCAGAAGCUGGCCGAGGCGCUGGUGCCCGAGCUGCCCCUGGCGGUGGGGAAGGCCGUGCUGGCCGAGGAAUACGAAGCCGAGUUCCACCGGCGCUACCUGCAGAAGAUGCGCCAGAAGCUGGGCCUGGUGCAGGUGGAGCUGGAGGAGGACUCAGCGUUGGUGGCCAGGCUCCUGGAGACCAUGCAACUGACCGGGGCUGACUUCACCAACACCUUCUGCCUGCUGAGCACCUUUGUGGCGGGGCCCCCGCCGGAGCAGGCCACCCUCCUGGAGCAGCUGCUGGCACAGUGUGCAUCCCUACAGGAGCUGAAGCGCGCCCUGCAGCCCCAGAUGGACCCCCGGCAGCUCUCAAUGAUGCUGACGCUGGCACAGUCCAACCCGCAGCUGCUGGCCCUGGUGGGCGGCAGGGCCGGCCUGACUCGGGAGCUGGAGCGCAGGGAGCAGCAUGCACGGCUGGAGCAGCUGGACCCAGCCAAGCUUCAGGACGAGAACCGUGCCCACUGGACUGCGUGGCUGCAGGAGUACAGCACGCGCCUGGAGAAGGACGUGGGAGGCGCCAGUGACCCCGAGGCGUGGCAGACAGAGCAUGUGCGGGUCAUGCACUCCAACAACCCCAAGUACGUGCUGCGCAACUACAUCGCCCAGAACGCCAUCUCGGCAGCCGAGGAGGGAGACUUCUCAGAGGUCCGCCGUGUGCUGAAACUGCUGGAGGCCCCAUACGCCCUGGAGGAGCCCAUGGGGGCCACCAGCUGGCAUGCCUACAGCAGCAAGCCCCCACCCUGGGCCGCGGAGCUGUGCGUCACAUGAUCCUCGUAGCCGCCCGCCCAGCUCUGCGCUGCCUGUCUGAGACCCCGCCGUCUCUCCAUGGCGACAGGGGCGUCCAGUCAGGCCUGACCUGCCCCUGUCCGAAGCUGACCUGGCAGCGCCCCAAGCCCCCCUGCGCGGGCCCCACCUGCCCAAUAAACCUGCCCACGGUCA